UCCUUUCCUUCGAGGGAAGCAAGAAGAGAUGCUAUAGAAUUACUGGGCCAUUGUGAGAGGAAACCUUCAUUUGCUUCGCCGUUUCGAAGGCGAGGUGGAGAACACAGCGAUGGCCCCGGUGCCGGCGAGCGUCGUCAGGCAAGCCGAGCUCCUCGACGCAAACGGCAAGAAAUACUUCGAGAAAAGACGCUUUCUUGCUGCCGUUGACGCCCACACCGAGGCAAUUACUCUCUGCCCGGACGUGGCAUUAUACUGGGCAAACCGAGCAAUCUGCUAUACGAAGCUGAACCAGUGGACUAAGGUUGAAGCCGAUUCUAGGAAAGCACUUGAGCUUGACAGUAGAUCCACCAAGGCUCACUUUAUGUUGGGACUCACACUAGUAGAGAGGCAGGAAUAUGCUGAAGGAAUCAAAGAAUUGGAAAAGGCCUUGAAUAUUGAGGGGCUCAUCAACCCUAAAAGUGAUAUGGUGAUGGAGAUUAAGCAGAGUCUUUUUGAAGCAAAGUACAAUGAAUGGGAACUUUUGUCCAGCAAGCGUGAGUGGAUGCUACAAAACUUGAAGGACUCUUGUGAAAAAGCUUUGACGGAGUACCAUUUUCUUCAUGAUUCUCAAGAUGAUUAUGGCCCUAAAGAGGCAGAAAAUGAUGUUGUUGGACAACUCAGAGUCCUCAAUGAGGUGUUUAGUAAAACUGCAUCUGUUGACACCCCAACAGAAGUGCCUGACUAUCUUUGCUGUAAGAUUACACUUAACAUCUUUCAGGAUCCUGUGAUUGCUCCUAGUGGCAUUACAUAUGAAAGGGCAAUGAUAAUUAAGCAUCUACAGAAGGUUGGUAACUUUGACCCAAUCACACGAGAACCACUGGAACAACACCAAUUGGUACCAAACCUGGCCAUCAAGGAAGCGGUGCAAGCUUAUCUGAAUGAUCAUCCUUGGGCUUAUGGUGCAAGACUAUAGAAUAUAUCACAUGAUGUUGAAAAAUCAUGGAGUUGUAAAUCUUGAUGGACAUGAGCAUCUUCUCCAUCUUAGCUCUGUGUGUUUGAUGCUACCAUUAGUUUCACUCUGCCAGGAUAGUGUUCAGUUUUUUCCUUCUUACUAGUUAGGAAUCGCUUUUUCUGGGAUAUUCUUGUAUAAAGAUUUGGCUGUUAGUUUCUGGUAUGCGGUCUGGUGUUAAAAUGUGUUUUUGGUCAUAUAUAUAAAUAUUUUGUAGAUAUGGCCAGUGAGAAAGGUGGCCACUCA